CGCGCGCGCUGUGGCCGAAGAGGACUCGCCGGGGCGCCGCUUCUGGUUUUCCGCCGCCGCCGACAUGCUGGAGGAGGCCGGCGAGGAGGUGUUGGGCUCGGUGCUGCUGAAGGCCUCGUGCCUGCCGCUGAGCUUCCUGCUGGUGGUGCCCGCCGUGCUGCUGCUGCUGCUCGGGCCGCCGCCGGCCUCGGCCGCACACGAGUUCACGGUGUACCGCAUGCAGCAGUACGAGCUGGGCGGGCAGCCCUACGGCACCCGGAACGCCGUGUUGAACACCGAAGCUCGCACGGUGGAGGCGGACGUGCUGAGCCGCCGCUGCGUGAUGAUGCGGCUGAUGGACUUUUCGUACGAGCAGUACCAGAAGGCCCUUCGCCAGUCAGCUGGGGCUGUGGUAAUUAUUCUGCCUCGGAGCAUCUCUGCAGUUCCUCAGGAUGUCAUCCGGCAAUUCAUGGAGAUCGAGCCAGAAAUGCUGGCUAUGGAGACCAUCGUGCCGGUCUACUUUGCCGAGGAGGAUAGUGAGCUGCUGUCCAUCUACGAACAGACACGGGCGGCUUCUGCGUCACAAGGCUCGGCAUCGGCUGCCGAAGUUCUCUUGCACACUGCAACAGCCAAUGGCUUCCAAAUGGUGACCAGUGGUGCUCAGAGCAAAGCAGUCAGUGACUGGCUCAUCACGAGCGUGGAGGGACGGUUGACGGGUCUGGGAGAAGAUCUACUUACUAUUGUAAUAGUAGCUCACUAUGAUUCUUUUGGAGUCGCCCCGUGGCUCUCCCACGGUGCCAAUUCCAACGGCAGCGGGCUCUCCGUGCUGCUUGAGCUGGCCAGACUUUUCUCGCGCCUCUACACCUACAAGCGGACCCACGCUGGGUAUAACCUCCUCUUCUUCGCAUCUGGAGGUGGCAAGUUUAAUUAUCAAGGGACCAAGCGGUGGCUGGAAGACAACUUGGAUCACACAGAUUCCAGCUUGCUACAGGACAACGUGGCAUUUGUCCUCUGCCUUGACACACUGGGCAGGGGAAACAGCCUUCACCUGCAUGUCUCGAAGCCCCCCAAGGAGGGGACCCUGCAGCAUGCAUUUCUGAAGGAGCUGGAGCAGGUGGUUGCCAGCCAAUUCCCGGAGGUCAGGUUCUCCAUGGUGCACAAGAAAAUCAACCUGGCAGAGGACAUACUAGCCUGGGAGCACGAGCGCUUCGCCAUCCGGCGCCUGCCCGCCUUCACCGUCUCCCACCUCGAGAGUCACCGUGACGGACUGCGGAACAGCAUCAUGGACGUGAGAGCACGAGUGGACCCCAAAGUACUAACCCGCAACACGCGCAUCAUCGUGGAGGCGUUGACACGGGUGAUCUACAACCUAACAGAGAAGGGCGUGUCUGCUGCUCUGCAGGUCUUCACAGAGCAGAUGCAGAUCCAGCAAGAGCAGAUGGAGUCUGUGAUGGGCUGGCUCACCAGCCAGCCAAGGGCUGCCCAGCUGGUCGACAAGGACAGCACCUUUAUCAACACGCUCGAGUAUUUCAUGAGCCGCUACCUGAAGGAUGUCAAGCAGCACCACGUGAAGGCCGACAAGCGGGACCCCGAGUUUGUUUUCUACGACCAACUGAAGCAAGUCAUGAAUGCCUACAGGGUCAAGCCAGCCAUCUUUGACCUCCUUUUGGCUUUCUGCAUAGCCGCAUACCUUGGAGUGGCGUACGUAGCAGUCCAACACUUUGGUCUUCUUUAUAAGCUGGUGCAGCGGUUAUCCCUGAAAUCCAAGCAGCAGUGACAAAGCGAUGUUGUCAGAGGAGGACCAUCUUCUUCAAUCUGAGGCACAUUUCCCUGUUCUCUUUUGCCACCCUGAGACAGGGAGCAAAGCGGAGAUGAAAAAAUGCUCUUCCAACUCCCUUGCAUUUUUGCAAACCCCUAUUUCUUCCCUCUCUCACCCCUUCCCUGGGGCAGGGCUAUGACUGUACACCUUUCAGAAUGAUCAGAAAGGGGAGCCCUGUCUGUCUUCCCACCCGCUUGGAAAUUAUCCUCUGAGCAAAGAUACUUCCAUAAAUUCAGAGGUGCUAUACCAGAAAUGACACUGUGCCAUAGUUCCCACCUUUGGAGGGCAGAAAGCUUGGGCAGCUUGGGGCAAGGGCCUGCCUGUCAAAUGGAGAACUUGAAAAUGGGGUUGGUUCGUUCUUUGUUUUUUAAAAGUGCACAUGUAAAUUAAAGAUAAUGAAGAGGUUUC